AACAUACACACACACACACACAUUGAGCUUCAUCUAUCGCGGUGGGUCACUUAAUCUGAGCCAUUUGGAGCCAGAGGCGACCCGGAGCGCACAGGAGCCGCAGCCAAGGAUCAGAUCAUCACAAUAAAGAUCAGCGAGACACAACCAAACAGGACAGAGAGACGCGGAGGUGAAGACUGAACCAGGCUGGAGACGAUGCCGCGGGUAGUUCCGGACCAGAGGAGCAAGUUUGAGAAUGAGGAGUUUUUCCGCAAGUUGAGCAGAGAGUGUGAGGCCUUUGUAGCUACAGGUACCAACCUCUCGCUCCAGUUCUUUCCAGCCAACGUGCAUGGAGAUCAGCGACAGGUUCCUACAAGGGAAUAUGUUGACUUUGAAAGAGAGACAGGAAAGGUGUCAGACAAAGACAAAAAGAAUGCGCGUGUCUACUUAAAAGCCCCUAUGAUCUUGAAUGGGGUGUGUGUGAUGUGGAGAGGCUGGAUCGACCUACAGAGGCUGGAUGGGAUGGGAUACCUGGAGUACGAUGAUGAGAGGGCACAGCAUGAGGACGCUUUGGCUCAGGCAGCUUUCGAGGAGGCUCGACGCAGAACCAGAGACUUUGAAGACAGAGACCGAUCACACAGAGAGGAUCUGGAGUCCAGACGACAGCAGGACCCCAGCCCUGGCUCAAACAUGGCCAACGCUGACGUAGAGCACAAGAUGCGCUGAGGAGGAGGGCGAAGAUGAGGAAGGAGCGGAAGGAGGAAGAGGAGGAAACCGGGUGCUGGCAGUCUGUUCACUUUCAACACAAUCAAUAGAAAAGAAAAGCUUUAGACCAAUUGUUCAUCAUUAUUCUAGAAAAAGGUUUUCACAUGCCAAGAUUAUUUUGAAUAUUUGAAUGUAGAGGGAAACAAACUUCCUGAAUUGAUUUGAAUUGAAAGUGAAUAAAAGCUACAGACAAGACAGAUUAAAAGGCCACCACAGACCUGGACAAAAAGUAGUCGAAUGUAAUUUAAUACAGAGGAAGGAACAUGAGCAUAUUGUAAUUGUGACACAUCCAGAGUCUGAGUUGUUUCUCCAGUUAGACGAGAGUUUCAGACAUAUAACAGAAAGUUCAGAUAUUCUUUGUCCAGGUCUAAAAGGAUUUGAUAGGUGUGUGUAUGUGUAGGGGGGGGGGGAUGAGUUUGGAGUACCAAAGGUAUAUUUUCUAUUAAUACGAGACGUUGAAAAUAGAAGGAGAGGAAUUUCAAGAGGUCAUUAACAGGAGGAGGUGGAGGAGAUACAGAGGCUUUAUUUGGCUCAGGGUCAUGAUCAGGGCUUAUUGGUCAGGAUUACAAGUCGAGCACGUAUCAAAAGUGAAGUGUUGACUGACUAAACACUCAGCGUUGUGCAACACUUCACAUUCGUGAACGUGCCCUUGUCAACCCCCCCCCCACCCCACUAUACCCAGUUCACUUCCUGAAACCUGCUGUUUUCUGAGACCAAAGUUCACUUUGCUGGAGAGGGGAGGGGGGGGAGGGGAUUAUAGACGGGAGGAGAGCAUCCAGAGAGAAGUUUGUGUUUGCUGUAUUAUAAUUUGAAUUAUUUCUUCUUGCCGUCGCUGCGGUGAGACAACAAAAUGGCACGUUCCGUCACAACGACCUCGAGGCGGCAGGGUUAACAAAGAAAACUGCUGCAAACUCCCGAUAUCUGCAGCUCUGGAAGCAAUCGUGGAAAUGAUGAGGUGUUUAUAGUGUUGAGGGAGGGUGGUGGGGGGGGGGCUCAAUUCAAAAUGUCCUUUGUCUUCCAAGGGGUUUUGCACUAUGUGAUACAAUCAGUCUUGCUCUCCACAUGGAUUUUCUUUAUAUGCAUGAAACCAAACACAGGCCUGCUCCUGUGUUCUUUGUCGUUCCCUAUGCAGCUUAUUUAUCUUCAGAGUACGCUCUGUGCAGCGCUUUGGUCAGGAAGACGUGGGUGAUUCAAGGCUUUUGCGCUCAGGUUCAUUUUAACAUGACAUUGCUGUAAUCUGGAUUUACUUUACUGACUUUGGGGAUUUUGAAUUUCGUGGAAAGCUGGAGGAAUGAUUGCUCCUUUAUAGGCUGUGAAAAAUAUCAGACUUCAGAAGCCAAAUAACCAAUUUGUUAAAGAAGAUUGCAUUUUUGAAAAAGCUGAAAACAUGUCUUUUUCUUAUUUUAUAAUUACAAUGGCACUCUGAGAGCAUAGACCUCCAACAAGGCCCAACAGUUCAGUUAUGAAACCACAUUUAAACUCAUUAGAUCUGCAUUUCCGAUUGGCACCAGAUUUCACAUAAUCAUAAAUAUAAUUUCAUUAAGAUCCUUGAAUUAUUCCCUGGGAAUCUAAAAAAAGAACUAUCCUGGAUCCGCCUGAAUUUAUUUGAAUCUUCUCUAACUCAUACCACUUCAUUCCACCACAUGCUCAUAACGACUUCAAAAACACACUCUAAUCAAUAAACGUUAAUAACCAAUCAUCUCAGAUCGAAUAGACUACACCAUCUAUGGAACAGAUCUGAUUCAGUUGUCGAUCGAUCACCCACAGAUUCCUCAUCACUGAAGGACUGGAAAAAGCCUGAACGCAUCUGAAUACGAUUCCCUGUCCUGUUACAGCACUAGUGUAAUGAAAUGCUAUGUUUUCUUCUCUUAUUGUUUUUUUUUUUUUCGUGUGAAAGUCAUGAUGUUUACUUUUUAUAUUACUUCUCCUUCUGUACAUGUACUCAUUAUUUUGUCCAUCUUUCGGCUUCGUUAUGAACCUGUAGUAUCAGCAGUAGGCUGUUUUAUGUUAAGUUGAAAAUAAGAAAAUGUCUCCAGGCGUUUGGGAGUUUUAAGGACUUUUUUUGUCAUUUUUUUUCAUGUUUUCUUUUUAUCAAUUGUCUUUUUAUUGUUUGUUUUUUUUGUUAGAUUUUUCUCUCAAGGAAAUCCACUUCCUGGGGUUAAAUACAUUGAAUGUGGAUUGACUCAAGCCCUGUUAUUAGGCGACAUUUGUGUUUUUUAUAUUGUGCAACGAGAAGCUCAUUUCAUUUUUCCAUUGUGUUUUACAUUUACAGCACUCAACGGUUUUGUUAUAAUUAUUAUAACCAAGAAAUCUCUUUUGUUCAUCCUUUUCUUUCUCGUCAGAAUGACUUAUAAAGAAGUUUAAGCUUUACAUGAACUAAGAAAAUUGUUGUACAUUGUGUUUGUAAGAAACAAAGAAAUGUUGUUUUUGCUGGAAACAACCAUUAGAAUUCAAAUUAAAAAGUGAAAAAUGUAUUGAAAACUCAAACAAUGUGAUGGAUAUGAUGAUAGCACCCCAGCGUGAAAGGCUACAGAGAGGUUUUAUUAUUUUUACAAGAACUCAGAAAGUAGAACUGAAGGAAACUUGCAAAAAUAACAAAUUUGUUAGAUUCCUGUACAGCCUCAUUAACAUCAACACACUAACAAGGUCUCCUCCGGUUUCCCUGCAUCUGCAGCUAAAUCAUCGAGCCCAGAGUUCAACAAUAACAAUGCAGAGUUGUCAUCCUCACAUUCGGAUGCUACAGGAGGAUAUAAUUGGGGUAACCACAGGUCAGGAAGUUAGGUUUCUCAUCGGCUUGAUGUCCUUCCCACUGAGACUUAAGAGAAAAAAGCUGUUAUGUUCCCAUUUUUCUUCUAUUAUAAAGUCAGCUGACCUUG